AUCGGUGCUCUCGUCGCCUGCUGUGCCUCUCGCGCUCAUUUCUGCACGACUGCACGUGUGUGUGGGUUCUUUUCUACAUAUGCUUCAUGUGUGUGUGUUGGUGAGGUAGCUACUGCGGUGGUGCUUUCAGCACCGUCAGUGUUUUUCCUCGUGUGUCAGUGUCACUGAGUGAAGCCCAUCAUGACUACGGUGAAGGAGUCGAGCACUCCACUGAAGGCAGCUCCGCACCAAGAACAGGAGCUGGUGGGCAGUAACUCAUCACAGAGGAACUGGAAGGGAAUAUUAAUCGCUCUGCUGGUUAUUCUGAUUAUCUGCUCUCUCAUCGUCACCUCUGUCAUCCUGCUUACUCCAGGUGAAGAUGACGAUCUGGCCCUGAAAAGGAAACUGACGGUUGAGGACAUUUUCAGGAAGGAUUUCAGAGUUCACGACCCUGAGGCUAAAUGGAUUAGCGAUGAGGAGAUUCUGUACCGCACUCGUGAAGGUGAUGUGCUGAAGUUCAACGUGGAGACGAACGAGAGCACGGUGCUGGUGUCCAACAGGAUGUUUGAAAUGUAUAAGGCUGUCAAUUAUGAGCUUUCUGCAGACCUGAAACACGUUCUGCUGGCCUACAACGUGGAGCCCUUUUAUCAUCACUCCUUCACUGCUUACUACAUUAUCUGUAGUUUGGAGACUCCAGAAACCUGGAUUCUGACUCCUCCUGAAGUGCGUAACACUCCUCUUCAGUACGCAGGAUGGGGACCACGAGGACAGCAGCUGAUUUUUAUAUUUGAGAAUAAUAUAUACUAUCGCUCCACUGUUGAGAGCCGAACCAUUCGCCUGGUUUCCACUGGCAAAGAAGGUGUGAUAUUCAACGGCCUCUGUGAUUGGCUGUAUGAGGAGAUGAUCUUCCAGUCCCAUGUGGCUCACUGGUGGUCUCCUGAUGGAGCUCGCCUCGCGUACGCCUCCAUCAACGACACUUUGGUGCCCAAGAUGGACCUGCCCAUGUUCACAGGGUCACCGUACCCGACGAGCCGCACAUACCAUUACCCCAAAGCUGGAGAGGAGAACCCAGUGAUCUCUCUGUAUGUCGUGAAUCUCAACAGCCCGAUACACACCUUACAGAUGAAGAGACCCGAUGACCACAGGAUCAGAGAGUUUUAUAUAACGAUGGUAAAAUGGACCUCAAGCACAAAGCUGGUGGUGAAGUGGUUAAACCGAGCACAGAACUUCUCCAUUCUGAGCCUGUGUGAGGUCACAACAGGAGUCUGUACCAAGAAACAUGAGGAUGUGAGUGAGAGCUGGCUGGACAGACAAAAUGAAGCUCCACUUUUCUCUAAAGAUGGUAUGAAGUUCUUUUUCACUCAUGCUGCCCCUCAGGGGGGGCAGGGGAAAUUUUUCCAUGUGUCCAUGGCAACAACUGAGCACAACAGCACCUCAGACACAUUGAAGUCCAUCACAUCAGGCAUCUGGGAUGUUACACACCUUCUGGCUUACAAUGAGGAUGCUCAGCUAAUAUAUUAUGUGAGCACAGAGGAGGAUCCCAAACAACGCCACCUGUACAGUGCUCAGACGGUGACUCCCUUCACUCGGCUCUGUCUCUCCUGUGGGAUUACAGACGCCUGUGGAUUUGUGAGCAGCUCCUUCAGCCACAACAUGGCCUUCUUCCUGCUCCACUGUAAAGGACCCGGUGUCCCGUUUGUGUCCAUCUACAGAACCAAGGACAGACAGAAGCUUUUGGACAUCGAGCUGAACCUGAACCUCCGGAAGACCGUAGACUCAAUGCAGAUGCCACGAGUUGAGUACAGAAAGAUAGACGUGGAGGGUUACGCUCUGUCUCUACAGAUCCAGAAACCUGCUGGCUUCAUAAACACGGCACAUUACCCUCUCCUGCUGCUUGUAGACGGGACUCCAGAACAGGUCGUGUUGGAGCGGUUCCAGGUGGACUGGGUCACAGUGCUGGUCAGUAGUUUGGGCGUGGUCACUGUACGCUGUGACGGGCGUGGCAGCGGCUAUCGAGGCUCCGAGUUCGUCCACAUGCUAGACAAGGAGGUCCAGCUGAAGGCUCUUAGCAUUUUAGCGAAAGAGCCGUACAUCGACAAAACCAGGAUUGGAGCUUUUGGACAGGUGUAUGGAGGACACAUCACCAGCCUCCUGCUCAGCUCUGAGGCCUCCGUUCUGAAGUGUGGAGCUCUUCUGUCUCCCAUCUCCGACUUCCGACUUUACGCAUCGUUUUUUUCUGAGCGAUAUUUUGGCCUUCCACACCCAGAGCAUCGAGCGUAUGAGACCUUUAAUUUCACACGGCAAGAAUCUAAGUUUGUUAAUUCGAAGAUUCUGAUCGUUCACCCUACUGCAGAUGAAAAAGUCCAUUUUCAGCAUACGGCUAAAUUCAUCUCAGGGUUAAUCAGCGGGAAGGCAAAUUACAGUCUCCAGAUUUAUCCUGAUGAAGGUCACUUCCUGCACAGCGAGGCGGUGAGGCGGCACCUGAGUCAGUCCCUGGUCCACUUUUUUGAAGAGUGUUUCAGGAGAUCAGACGACACGUUUCAAGAUGACCUUGAUCUGGAGGAAAAGAGCGAUGUGCAGGGAUAGUUUUUUUUUUUUUACUCAACUUGCCUUCCAAGGACAUUAUCUUCAUUUCUCCUUCUGUACAGACGUUUUCCUCUUCCCUCUUUAUUCGCAGUUGAAAAGGACGGUCUGUCCAUCGCUCUGAUGAACUGACAGUAAGGAAUAUGACUGAACCCUGGGAGAAGAUCUAAGAUUAUUUACAGCAUGGAUUUCUAGCACUAAGCAGGAACACUCGGUUCAUCCGGCUGCUCUGGGACUCGCUGGUUCUAUUUAUUCUUUCUUUUCUUUUCUUUUCUUUUCUUUUCUUUUUUUAAGAAAUGA